GAGUCUUUAGUUGACAUAACCUAGUACCUGUGCUUACCCAACCUACUGUUCUGUAGACAGUUUUCCCAUAGCCUCAGUUCAGGAUUUCCACUCCAGAAUCUUCAGCUAAAUGAGAUCAUGAUUUUGGAAGGAGCUGGCAGGAUGAGUAUCAAUUCCAGCAGCAAUCUACUCCACCAGCAGCCUUCCUGGACAGACGGAUAUUCCACAUGCAAUGUAUCCAGUAGCUUCUAUGGAACCCAGUGGCACGAAAUACACCCACAGUACUGGACUAAGUUUCAAGUCUGGGAGUGGCUGCAGCACCUCCUUGAUACCAACCAACUGGAUGCCAACUGCAUACCUUUCCAGGAGUUUGAUAUCAAUGGGGAACAUCUGUGUAGUAUGAGCCUGCAGGAAUUCACUCAGGCAGCUGGGACAGCAGGACAGCUGCUUUACAGCAACCUCCAGCACCUAAAAUGGAAUGGUCAGUGUGGAAGUGACAUGUACCAAUCUCAUAAUGUCAUUGUGAAGACAGAGCAAACAGAUCCAUCACUAAUGGUGUCCUGGAAAGAAGAGAAUUAUCUUUAUGACAGUGGCUAUGGUAGCACAGUAGAGUUAUUGGACAGUAAAACAUUCUGUCGUGCUCAGAUUUCCAUGAUGACACCUAGUCACCAAUCUUCUGACUCUUCAGAUGCAAAAAAAUCGCAAGAUCAUACCCCAAAGUCCCACACCAAGAAGCACAACCCUCGAGGAACUCAUCUUUGGGAAUUUAUUCGAGAUAUUCUUCUCAAUCCUGAGAAAAACCCAGGAUUAAUUAAGUGGGAAGACCGGUCAGAAGGUGUGUUCAGAUUUUUAAAAUCUGAAGCUGUGGCUCAGCUGUGGGGAAAGAAGAAAAACAACAGCAGCAUGACUUAUGAGAAACUCAGCCGGGCUAUGAGAUACUAUUACAAAAGAGAAAUCCUUGAGCGCGUGGAUGGUCGGAGAUUAGUAUAUAAAUUUGGAAAGAAUGCCCGUGGUUGGAGAGAAAAUGAAAAUUAAAUAUAUCAAGAAAUUACAUUUAAAACACAUGGAUGUAAAUAUUCAAAGACUAUUUUCUUAUAUUUAUGUAUCAAACUGGGGUGAGAAAACAAUUCUACUUCUGUCGGGAAGAAAGAACAUUAUCAUUAUUGGUGUUAAAAUUAUUUUAUUUGAAGUAUGUCCUGUAUGGGGAAAAAAUGUACACAGUUUUCUGUGAUAUAAGUUAACAUUAUAGAAUUAUGAUUAUUUUUC